CACGCUCAACAUGCUGCACUGAACGAACAAACAGCAGACACGAUGUUAUGCUAUGGCCAGAGAGAACCCAACCACCCGCGAAGCUGCCCGCAAAGGCGGCAGCGAGGAAGAAGCAGCCGGACUUCUGCAGCAUGUCACCAUCCAGGACCGAGACAGUAUUGGCGUUGGAGAUGAAGACGACCUUGUGCUUUUCGACAAGCCUGGAUCACCGGGAAAACCGCCGUCUCCAGGCGCGCCGCAAAGACAAUCAAGCUUCGCACAAAAUCGCCCGCAUGGACAGCCACGAACGCCGCAUCGAGUGCGAUUCGACGUCGCCGAGCCCGAAACCAUUCUUGAAGCCAAUGGGCACGCGCAUCCUCAUACGUGGACAGAAGAUGAGAAUUACAUGAAUGGCGAUGUGUCGUCAGGUGGCCAGCUGCGAGCGCCACUUCUGACCGGCAUCGAAGCACCAAGCGUAGCACUCGCAAACGACAUCGAGUAUCACGAGGACCUGCUGGCGGAACGACCCAAGAGUGGGCUCAAGAGCGCGUUCAUGAACAUGGCCAACAGUAUCAUUGGGGCUGGAAUCAUCGGACAACCAUAUGCGUUCAAGCAAGCGGGACUACUCACCGGCAUAACUCUUUUGAUCCUUUUGACCAUCACCGUGGACUGGACGAUCCGAUUGAUUGUCAAGAACUCGAAGCUGAGUGGGACAAACUCGUUUCAAGAGACUGUGGAACAUUGCUUUGGAAAGUCGGGUCUGGUCGCGAUAUCUGUGGCGCAAUGGGCGUUUGCAUUUGGAGGCAUGGUCGCAUUCUGCAUCAUCAUCGGAGACACGAUCCCACGAGUGCUGGCAUCGAUUUUUCCCACCCUCCACGCCAUCCCAGUUGUGGGCCUCCUUACGGAUCGAAGGGCCACCAUCGUGCUCUUCACGCUCGGCAUAUCAUAUCCCCUGUCCCUCUACCGAGACAUUGCCAUGCUUGCCAAAGCCAGUACCCUGGCCCUGAUCUCGAUGCUCAUCAUCAUCCUCACAAUCGUAGUCCAAGGCUCCCUCGCACCCUCCGACGUCAAAGGCCCCAUCAAAGGUUCCCUUCUCAUCAACUCCGGCGUCUUCCAAGCCAUCGGAGUCAUCUCCUUCGCCUUCGUCUGCCACCACAACUCCCUCCUCAUCUACGGCUCCCUCCGAACUCCCACCAUGGACCGUUUCGCCACAGUCACGCACUGGUCCACGGGAGUCUCCAUGCUCGCCUGCCUCAUCGUCGCGUUAGCAGGAUACCUGACCUUCGGAAGCCAAACGCAAGGAAACGUCCUCAAUAACUUCCCAAACGGAAACUUCAUGGUCAAUCUCGCUCGCCUCUGUUUCGGCCUCAACAUGCUCACCACCCUCCCACUCGAAUGUUUCGUGUGCAGAGAAGUCAUGACAUUAUAUUACUUCCCCGGCGAAGCUUUCAAUCCCAACCGACACCUGAUCUUCACGACAAGCUUGGUGCUUUCGGCUAUGGGCAUGGCAUUGAUCACAUGUGAUUUGGGAGUCGUGUUUGAAUUGGUGGGUGCGACGAGUGCUUGUGCGUUGGCGUAUAUUCUGCCUCCGCUAUGUUUCCUGAAACUUAGUAAGAAGGCGCGGACGUGGGAGCAUUGGAGCGCGUAUGUCUGUUUGGGGUUUGGGACGCUGGUGAUGGGGAUUUCUUUGAUACAGGCUAUGGUGAAGAUGAUUCGGAACGAUGGAAGGAGUGCGAGUUGUGAUGUGGGAUGAUAGAUAUAGAUUUUUAUUUGGACCAUGAUGCAUUUUGUGCUG